UUUAAAUUUAAUUUCAUAUUAGAUAGAACUCGUCAAAAUGCAGAAUUUUGAAAAGAGAGAAUAAGAGAGGAGCAAAUUCAUUCUUUGAAAAUCAGAUAUCGGCCAUUCUAAUUUUAAUAGUAUGAAGAUGGAAAUAAGAAUUGUAUCAUAUAUCUCUCUUUUUAUGCAUUAUUUAGGAUGUUACUAAAUGUUAAUUACUAUUUUUUCACAAUACCUACAAUAGUAAUAGUGAUAUUUGCAUUGUUGUAUAUACGAAAUUGUACAUAAGACUCUAAAACGACGUGGAUAUGUCGAGAGGGAUACAUUAUGGGAAGUACAUUGGAAAAUACUUCAUGUUACAAAAAUAUACAAAUUCUUAUUGCCCUUGGAUGCGACGUGCGAUCCAUGGAACUUCUGUGUCCUUGAUUGAUACAAACGCAAAUAAAGAAGCUCUUGUAAAGCUAGGAUCGAUGAGGAAUAUCAAGGAUGGACCUUCUUUGAGAGAUUUUGUGGAAUCGUCUAUUGUCGAUAUUCCUAAUGAAGAAUCCGUCCCGUAUGUGCAGGAUAUUCGUGGUGAAAAUCAAAAAGUGUACUUUGAAAUUUAUGGUUGUCAAAUGAAUAUAAACGACGCUGAUAUCAUAUGGUCGAUAUUGAAAUCUCAUGGCUACAAGCAUACGCAAAGCGUAGAUGAUGCGGAUAUCAUAUUGCUUGUUACUUGUUCCAUCAGAGAUAAUGCUGAGCAAAAAGUAUGGAAUAAAUUGGAGAUGUUGAACGGCAUAAGGAAGAAAAAAAAGAAAAACUCUAUAAAGAUUGGACUCUUGGGAUGUAUGGCAGAACGCUUAAAGACUAAAAUACUGGACAAGGGGAAGCUUGUAGAUGUGAUAGCAGGCCCUGACAGUUACAAAGAUCUACCAAGACUCCUGGCAGUAACAGACAAUGAAACAGCUAUUAAUGUUGUAUUAUCAUUCGAUGAAACAUAUGCAGAUGUAACACCAGUUAGACUCGAUCAAGAUUCUGUGGGGGCAUACGUUUCUAUAAUGAGAGGUUGUGAUAACAUGUGUACUUACUGCAUUGUACCAUUUACAAGAGGAAGAGAGAGAUCUCGACCUAUUGCAAGCAUACUCGACGAAGUUCGGCAGUUAUCGGAUCAGGGUGUAAAAGAAAUAACUCUCCUUGGACAAAACGUGAAUAGUUAUAGAGAUUUGUCACAAUCGGAAUUUGUUGUACCUACUGAUAUGCAAACUCAUCUCGCUAAAGGCUUCAAAACGGUUUAUAAGAAUAAAAAGGGUGGUUUAAGAUUCAGUGAUCUUUUAGACAAAGUCUCUUUGAUUAAUCCGGAAAUAAGAAUAAGAUUUACAUCACCUCAUCCCAAGGAUUUUCCCGAUGAAGUACUGCAUUUGAUAGCCGAAAGACCAAACAUCUGUAAACAGAUUCACUUACCCGCUCAGAGUGGCAAUUCCGCAGUUUUAGACAGAAUGCGAAGAGGAUAUACUAGAGAAGCAUAUUUAGACUUGGUGUAUCAUAUACGUAAUAUUUUGCCAGAUAUAUAUCUCUCCAGCGAUUUCAUCGCCGGAUUCUGCGGCGAAACCGAAGAAGAAUUUCAAGAUACGUUAUCGUUAAUAGAUGAAGUGAAAUAUAACAACGCCUAUUUAUAUCCCUACAGCAUGCGCGAGAAAACUACGGCACAUCGACGAUACAAAGAUGACGUUGAAUCGCAUGUGAAAAUAGAACGUAUGAAUCGUAUGAUUAUGUUAUACAGAAAAGAAGUAGAAAAAUUAAACAAAGUACAGAUAGGGCAGCAUCAACUUGUUCUUGUGGAAGGCCCAAGCAAGAGACGUAGUGAAUAUCUACAAGGUAGAAACGAUGGCAAUGUAAGAGUUAUAUUACUAUCUACAGUUACUCGAAUUAAUCGACAUUCUGCCACAACAAGGCAGAUACAGCCGGGUGAUUACAUUGUUGCACGAAUCGACAAUGCCAACUCGCAGACUCUACGAGGAAUACCUUUGUAUUGUUCUUCUAUUAUUGACCAUUCAUUAGACAAAGAUAAUGAUUAUGUUACACUAAAUCAGUAGGAAUUAUAAUAUUACAAAUUCUACAAGUGAGUUUUCUCUUAAUUUAUAAUAUCCACUGAUAAUCAAUUACU